GUAAUCUGCUCAAGGAGCCACAGCAGGAGAACGUCGAGAUGCAGGAUGUCCGAUGCCGAAACGCGAGUCGCUCGAGAACAAAGUCGAAGUCGAACAAUACGCAUUGUGUUCAGGCCACCACUAGCGAGAAGUCAACCAAAGAGAAGCAACAAACUCGUCGAAAGGGUAACAAUCCGGCCAAAUCAACGGCAGGCAGUGGGAGUCGGCCUCUACCCAACUCCAGUACGAGUCGGCGGGAUUAGAUUUUGUUUCUGCUUUGCAUUGUGUACUCUUGCCUGACCGCAAGUCUCUGUACUACUUAUAUUUACUUUCUGUGGUCUAUAGUAGUUUCGAAUUGAAUUAAGCAUCACAUUCUCUAUCUACUCAUUUAGCCCUGUGA